AUGUCUUCCAUCCCGCUCGCCGUCGCCGUGCCCGCCGCCCUCGGCGCCGCCGCCUACCUCAACGCCCGGUCCGCCCUGUGGUACGACGCGCUGAUGCUCGGUGGCAUCCUGCGGGGCGUCGCCGGCCUGGCCUACGGCAGCUGGGCCGACCGCCUCAACCUCUUCUACGCACUCGAGGCCCGCGCCCUCAGCGCCAGCCACGCCGACAAGCCCGUCCUGGUGCUCUUCGACGGCGGCCCCCCGGCCGCCGCCCCGGUCACUACCACCUCCUACACCUACCGUGAGCUCUACGACGCCGUCCUCCGCCACGGCGCCUACCUCCGCGAGCGCCUCGGCGUCCGCCCCGGCGACGUCGUCGCCCUCGACUUCCAGAACUCGGACACCUUCGUCAUGCUCUGGUGGGCACUCUGGAGCCUCGGCGCCAAGCCGGCGUUUGUCAACUACAACCUCACCAGCGCGCCGCUCGCCCACUGCAUCAAGUCGUCCACCGCAAAGGUCUGCCUGGUCGACCCGGCCGUCGCGGCUCACUUCGACGACGACCUCGUGCGCAAGGAGACGGCGGGUGUUGAGAUUGUCGUCUUUGACGAGGACCACCAGGGGGCGGCGCGGUCGGCCGAGCCGGCGCGCCAGCCGGACUGCGACCGCUCGGACAAGGCCGCCGGCAGCAUGGGCAUCCUCAUCUACACCUCCGGCACCACCGGCCUUCCCAAGCCCGCCAUCGUGUCCUGGGCCAAGCUCAUCGUCAGCUCCAAGUUUAGCGUCAACUUUCUCGGUCGAGGCGACGAUGUCAUGUAUACGUGCAUGCCGCUCUACCACGCCUCCGCCUCCCUGCUCGGCUUCUGCGCCACCGUCAUCGGCGGCAGCACCCUCGCCCUCGGCCGCAAGUUCUCCACCAAGACCUUCUGGCCCGAGGUGCGCGCCUCCCACGCCACCGUGAUCCAGUACGUCGGCGAGACCCUCCGCUACCUCCUCGCCGCGCCGCCCGAGCUCGACCCCGUCACCGGCGCCUCCCUCGACCGAGCGCACGCCGUCCGCGUCGCCUUUGGCAACGGCCUCCGCCCGGACGUGUGGAAGCGCUUCCAGACGCGCUUCGGCGUCACCACCGUCGCCGAGUUCUACGGCGCCACCGAGGGCACCCUCGCCACCUGGAACCUCUCCAGCAACGACCACGCCGUCGGCGCCGUCGGCCGUGCCGGGUGGCUCCUGCGCACGCUCGUCGGCCGCGACACCGCCCUCGCGGAGAUGGACUGGGCGGCCGACGCGCCCCUACGCGACCCCGUCACGGGCCUCUGCCGCCGCGCGCCGGCCGACUGUCCCGGUGAGAUGCUCUUCCGGCUGCCCGGUGGCGGCGGCGGGGUCGACGAUGAGGCUGCGCUGGAGGCCCGCUUCCAGGGCUACUUCAACGACCCCUCCGCCACGCGCGCCAAGGUCCUCCGCGACGUCUUCCGCAAGGGCGACGCCUGGUUCCGCACCGGCGACGUGCUCAAGCAGGACGGCGACGGCCUGCUCUUCUUCGUCGACCGCAUCGGCGACACCUUCCGCUGGAAGUCGGAGAACGUCUCCACGGCGGAGGUCAGCCAGGUCAUGGGCCUGCACCCGGCGGUCCGCGAGGCCAACGUCUACGGCGUCGAGCUGCCGCACCACGACGGCCGCGCCGGCUGCGUCACCGUGUGCUUCGGCGACGACGCCGCGGUGCCAGCCGAGGAGACCCUCCGCAGCCUCGCGGCGCAUUUGCGCGCCACGUUGCCCCCGUACGCGGUGCCGCUGUUCCUGCGCGUCGUCCCGGGCCUCGGCGCGGACACCACGGGGACCAACAAGCAGCAAAAGUACAACCUGCGCAGGCUGGGCGUCAAGCCCUCCAAGGACGCCCGCCAGGGCGACGCCAGCAUGUUCUGGCUAAGGGGCGACACGUACGUACCGUUUAGUGAAAAGGACUGGAAGAAGAUUGAGACUGGCCGACUCAAACUGUAA